AUGGGCGACAGACUUACGCAGCUGCAGGAUGCUGUUGAUCAGCUCGCGCAACAGUUCGUCGCAUGCAUCCAUUACAUCCACAGACACCAUGACCUCGAGACCCUUGGCCCGAAUGACAAGAUUCGAGAGCUGAAGCCGGAGGAGCAGCAAAGAGAAGUCGAUCCCCUUCCUCCCGAUGUGUUCAAGGCGGGCCAGAUCGAACUCGCUCGCGACCUUGUCAUAAAAGAACAACAGAUUGAGCUUCUAGUUUCUAGCCUUCCGGGUCUCGAGAACAGCGAACGAGACCAACAGCAGAACAUCAAGGAGCUUGAGGAUGAGCUGAAAGUGGCUGAGGCGCAACGGCAGGACGCGAUCCGGGAAAAGGACGAGGUCCUGGCAAAAUUGGAUCAAGUCAUUCGCAGUAUUCGACGACCUUGA